CUUUGCCAACACUCCAUAAAGAUGUGCUCCCGUGGGUCCUCCUGCCACAGCCAUGAGACCUCCUGCCACGGCUCCCGUUCCUCCUGCCACGACUCAGGGCCUUCCUGCCAUUACACCAUCCAGAGGGUCCCCGUGCCCAAGUUCACCUACAUGACGCCGUGCUGCCCCCCAGUGCAGACCUUCUGCCCCCCAGUGCAGCGUUACUGCCCCCCAGUGCAGCCCUGCUGUCCCCCGGUGAAGACCUACUGCCCACCCAUCCCUUACUGCCCUCAGUACACCAAGAACAUCUGCAAGCUGCCUCCAACGUGCCCCAAGUUCUAACAGCAGGAUCCAGCCAUGCACCUGGCUCUGCAACUCAUGGAUACCUUCCUGCUCAAUGCACUGACCUCAUCCUCAGCGUUCAUUGCUUAUCAGCCACACUGCUUCUCCAUGAGGAAAUGCUUUCAAAGCAGAUGGAGGGCCAUGCAAUAACAGCGUGCACAACUUCUGGUUCAUUAUCUGUUUGAGCUCUUUCCACCAGUGCAACGCACGGUGUUCACUGCCAGUAGUUUCCUUCUUGCUUUGCUGCUCCCAUCUUCAGCCAGAAAAUAAAAA